AAAGUUUUUGCCGACGAGAUCGUUGGUUUUCCCACUUUAUAUAUGGAAGCAUAAGGGGUUGGUUUCAGGUCAGAGUAGAACAUUAAACCAGAUAACAAAGUCAUUCCAUUGGCAACUUCAAGUGCCUGACAAUGUCUGCUGUAAUGACUGUUUGGUGGUUGCAGCAGUUGGUUCUGCUUUCUCUUGCUGGGAUUCUCUUCUCUCCUGAACUUUGUGCUUCACAGAAUGCUGGGAAAUACAGUUUCAUGCAGGAUGCAACUUCAGCUUCAAGAAUCUCCUACUAUGACUACAUUGUGAUUGGCGGCGGCACCGCGGGGUGCCCGUUAGCCGCCACCUUGUCCCAGAAUUACAGUGUUUUGCUCCUGGAACGUGGCGGUUCCCCUUAUGGGAAUCCCAACAUCACAAACUUAGCUCAAUUCGGCGUUGCCCUCACCGACACGUCACCAACCUCUCCCUCUCAGCGCUUUGUCUCCACAGACGGCGUCAUCAACUCUAGAGCUCGUGUCCUCGGCGGUGGAAGCUGUUUAAACGCCGGUUUCUACACUCGUGCUAGCCCGCAUUAUGCCAGGGAGGCUGGUUGGGAUGGAAAGUUAGUGAAUGAGUCCUACCAAUGGGUGGAGCGAGUGGUGGCGUUUGAGCCUCCAAUGCGGCAGUGGCAAUCAGCUGUUAGGGAUGGAUUGUUGGAAAUUGGGGUGAAGCCUUACAAUGGCUUCACUUAUGAUCAUAUUACUGGGACUAAAGUUGGAGGCACCAUCUUUGACAACCAAGGUCACAGGCACACUGCUGCUGAUCUUUUGCAAUAUGCUAACCCUAGUGGAAUUACUCUGCUAUUUCAUGCCACUGUGCACAAGAUCUUGUUCAGGCAUAGAGGUGGAUCAAGGCAAGCAGCUCAUGGAGUGAUAUUCAGGGAUGGAACUGGAGCAGAACACAGGGCAUAUCUGAAUCAAGGGCCCAAGGGCGAGAUAAUUGUGUCAUCCGGUGCACUUGGCAGCCCACAACUUCUGAUGUUGAGUGGAAUUGGAGCAGCACAUCACCUUCAGGAACACAACAUUAGUGUGGUGUUGGACCAGCCAUUGGUUGGACAGGGUAUGUCUGAUAACCCAAUGAACGCCAUCUUUGUCCCCUCUCCGAUCCCGGUAGAGAUUUCCCUCAUUCAGGUUGUCGGCAUCACCGCCUUUGGCAGCUACAUUGAAGCCGCCAGUGGUGAAUACUUCUCUGGUCCUCCUCCAAGAAAUGACUACGGAAUGUUUUCCCCUAAGAUUGGUCAAUUCUCCAAGUUGCCUCCAAAGCAAAGGACACCAGAAGCGAUGGCGAAAGCAAUAGAGUUGAUGGGGAGCCUUGAAGAGGCAGCAUUCAGAGGCGGGUUCAUUCUGGAGAAAAUCAUGGGUCCCAUUUCAACAGGUCACUUGGAGCUUCGAAACCGCGAUCCAAAUGAGAACCCGUCGGUGACCUUCAACUACUUCCAGGAUCCCAGAGACUUGGAGAGAUGUGUGCAGGGCCUUAGCACCAUCGAGAAAAUCAUUGAAUCCAAGGCUUUCUCUCCCUUUAAGUACAACACCAUGCCAGUGUCUAUGUUGCUUAACAUCACUGCGAAUUCUCCUGUUAACUUGUUGCCCAAACACGCGAAUUCUUCAAUGUCUCUGGAGCAGUUCUGCAAAGACACCGUGAUGACCAUAUGGCACUACCACGGUGGCUGCCAAGUUGGUAGAGUUGUUGAUACUGAUUACAAAGUUCUUGGUGUAGAUGCACUGCGUGUUAUUGAUGGUUCUACCUUUAAUUAUUCUCCCGGAACUAAUCCUCAAGCCACUGUUAUGAUGCUUGGAAGGUACAUGGGAGUCAAAAUAUUGAGGGAGAGACUUGCUGCUGAAGAAAGCUAGUAAUGUUAGGAGUUGUGUAGUAAUUAUUAGUUUCUCUCUGUUUGAGGUUCAUGAAAUGGUGUGAUCAGAUUAGAGAGAACUUAGUCUAUAUUUCAGAUUUUACUUAUAUGUUACUUCACAUUGAAAUUAAUGAGGAAUGUCUUGGUAUCAAGAGAAGAGAAGAAAAUGAAAUACAUUAUUCUCAUUGAAUGAGUUGAAGAGUGAAGAUUCAACACUUUAU